UUCGUUUGGGAUUGGAAGCUGAUAAAAAGCUAUUCUUUAUUUCUCUUCCUCGGAGAUUCCUAUACAAGUCCUUUAUUUUUCCUCUUUUAGAGAGCCUCUGCCUCUCUUUCUCUAUCUCUCAUCCCUAAAGCCAUGAAAUUCGGGAAAGAAUUCAAGACUCAUCUGGAAGAGACAUUGCCUGACUGGAGAGACAAGUUCCUUUGUUACAAGCCCUUGAAGAAGCUUCUCAAGAACAUCUCUCCCUCUGACGCCCCUCUCUUCCCUCCUUAUCCUUCCUCUCCUUCCCUUGCUGCUCUUCGCAAUAUCGAAAUAACUCAACCAUGGAUCGGUCUGGAGGAAUGGUUUGUUAGGAUUCUCAAUGAAGAGCUCGAAAAGUUCAAUGAUUUCUACAUCGACAAAGAGGAAGACUUUGUCAUACGCCUCCAGGAGCUGAAGGAAAGAAUUGAGAGAGCGAAGGAAAAGAGUAGCAAGGGUGGUAUGUUCACCUCUGAAAGUGAGUUCAGUGAAGAAAUGUUAGACAUCCGUAAGGACUUCGUCACCAUUCAUGGGGAGAUGGUUCUUCUCAAAAACUAUAGCUCCCUUAACUUUGCAGGCCUCGUCAAAAUACUGAAGAAGUAUGACAAAAGGACUGGAGGAGUGCUGCGCCUGCCUUUCACACAACGUGCUCUUCACCAGCCAUUCUUUACCACAGAGCCUCUUACUAGGUUAGUCCGUGAAUGUGAAGCCAAUCUCGAGCUCCUUUUCCCGUUAGAGGCAGAAGUCAUUGAAUCUGAUCCACAAAAUCAAACAAACACGGGUAAUAACACAAAUGCCCCUGAGACGUCAUCUUUUCAAGAGGACACAAUGGACAUAUACCGAAGCACUCUGGCUGCAAUGAGAGCCAUACAGGGCCUCCGUAGAGCAAGCUCCACCUGCAACCCUUUAUCAUUUGCAUCUUUCUUUCAGAACCAAGACGAGGAUGGCACGGGUGCCGUUACAGAUGACAACUCAGUUUCCAACUCCUCACCAGCCUUGCAAAAUGAGGAGCCUGAUCAAGAUGAUGACCAUUCCAGCAAGUUGAAGCUUGGGAAGUGAGUAAUGAGUAAACCUGAUUUGUUUCUCAAUUUUGACUAGUUACCACGUUGGUUUCUUUAGAUGCAGCCUGCAACAGGGAUAGAAUAACCCUCGUUUGUGUAUACAGUGUAAAGAUUUCCCUUAAUAAGCCAUUUCCUUGGUAAAUUCAGACAAUGAUUUUCUUUGAAGCGUUUGAUUGUAAUUGGCAGGUUCAGGUUCA